CAUUUACCCGAGCAGGGAAUUGAGACUGCUGACCUGGCAGACAUUCUGACAUGAUCAGGCUCAGACCCUCAUACUACGUUAGCUAUUGAUCUGACAUCUACAACUUGAUUGCUAUUAUUUCUCGUUAUCUCACAGACUCCAAAUGAUAACAUCAUCUACCUGUAUACCGUCUAGACCAAGCCAUAUGCAUCAUACUAUCGACACAGCUGCAGACCGCCUCAGCAUGGUACAUCCCCAUUGCACUGCAAGGAUGACCAGAACGAAGUGUACUGAUUACCAUCCACACUCUAUCACAAUCAUCCGUCCUCGACAGGCAUCCUACUGCCACGCCCAUCCAUCCACCACGCACGCACGGCCGUGCACAACUUAUGCCAAUCUCCGCUGCAUAACCUCACCACGGUCCAUCGCAUCCCAUCGACAACCUCAAUCCAUCCCUAUUCCACCCAGCAACACCAUGUCCAACUCCAGCCUCUCCUCAGCAGAGAAAAAACGUCUACGCGACCGUCGCGCCCAACAAACCCUGCGCAACAAGAAGCAGCAAUACAUCACGCAGCUAGAAGAGCAAGUGGCGCAUUGCGAACGCUACCACGACGACAGCAGCACGCAGCAUCUACUGCAGGUGAUUGAGGGACUGCAGCGACAGAAUGAGAUCCUUCGCAAGCGACAAGAGGGGUUGAAAGCGAUUGUCGAGUCGUGGGAAUCACCACCACCACCACCACCACCACCGAUACAACUCGCCACCAUCACCACAACCAGCAUAUCAAAACCGAACAUCACCCCCAGCCCAUCCCCCACAGAAUCCCUCUGGUCUCUCCCCCCCCUGCACUCCGACCUCCCCUCCGCCCCCUCCCUCACCUGGCUCACCCUCCCCCCGCACCUAAUCACCACCUCCCCCCCCUCCCCGCACCCCCUCGACCUCCUCUACGGCACACACACCAACCCCCUCGCCCAUGCCAUCCACACGACCUCCCUCCGUCGCCCCCUCCGCGACCCCGAACGUCUCGCCUUCGGCUGGCUCAGCUACCACUACGUGAAAUGGCUCUUCGCCCCGUCCCCCACCACCUUCGCUCUCCUCCCGACCUUCCUGCACCCGGUCCCGGAACAACACUCCAUCCCGCACCCGGCCUGUCUCGAUCUGAUUGUUUGGCCGGAGGUCCGGGUGACGCUCAUCCGGGAGUGGGGGACGUAUGCGGGGGCGAAGGAGGAUUUGUUUGGGUUUCUGGCGUGUUGUUUGAAGGUCCGUUGGCCGUGGGGGGAGGCGGUGUUGGAGCGGGAUGAGGGGAAUGAGUUGGUGAUGAGGGGGGAGUUUCGGGAGAGGUUUAUGGUCCGGGAGGGGUGGGGGAUUACGAGGGAGUUUGUGCGCUGGUUUCCGGGGGUGGUGAAGGGGGUCGAGUUGGGGGAGGUGGUGGUUGAGGUUGGGUGA